ACCUUUUCGGAAUAUUUUUCUGGGUGCACUUCCUCCUUUCACCGGAUGUUGCUGCAGGAACCAGAAGCGCCUGUUGAGUGCAGAGUCUAGCCCUUUGGAGAGGAUGUGUGCCGUCUUUUCAAGGAAGGUGCGACAGGAAAACACAGUUGAAAAAGCUUUUCUCUCUAUUCUACUGAUAUAAAGAGAGGCUAUCAGAGGAGGCCCUGGCCUGCAGGUGCCUUAUGAAAUCUUGAACGAUGAUGGAGCGAAGAAGAGCCUUAACUAUUCCGUUUGUUGACAAGGAGAAGCUGAUGGAAAACCCCCUGAAAAUAUCCGUGGCGUGCCUGUCAUCAGAGUGCGGGAAGUUAGAAGCACAGGUGCCCUGGACUGCAUUUUCUGAUUGUAAAUUAAAUUCUUGUAAUUCAAGUCACAGAAAAGGGACCAAGAUGUUCAAUCACACCGUUUUUAAGUGUUCGGACAUUCUGAGGAGGAAGCCACGUCUUAUCCUAAGAGACGUCUUAAAGACAGAAUUGGGUAAGGAUUAUAUAGAGAGGAUAAAAAUGAGUAAAAACAAUAGACGGUGGUCCCGUUCUCGAAAGGAUAGUGGCCGGCGCAAAGAGGAAGAUGUCCCCUGCAGAGAAACUAGCUCCAAUCAGUCUGAUGGCAGGAGCAACAAGAGCAAGAAUGUAACCCCUAAAGGCAAACGGAGAACCUCCACCUCUCAAAGACCAACAACUAGAAACAGAAAACCACAGAACACUGAAGAAGGAGCCAAUGAAGAAAACCAAGAUAUCAAAGAAGUGAUAAUCGGCAAAGUCAGUGAAGAGAAAGACGAGACGUUUGCGGGGGUUGUAGACUGUGGGUUGUCUCUGUGCUGGGAGCCAGCUGGGGAUAUUUCAGCUUCUGAGGAGAUUGCUGCAGACUUGACUGGACCAGAAGAUAUGCAGCACAGUUUGGUAUGUACAAGUUUUUAAAACUGAAAACAAAACCACUUAUUUUCAGUGGUCUCGUCAAGUCAAUCCCAGUUUAGGCUAGCUGUUCCCAACGUUUGGGCUCCAUAUGACAAACUAGGUCGUUUGGUUGAAUCUGUGCUUACUGAGAUCUCUGCAUGUGGUGUUAUUCUGGUGGAAACUAAAUGUAUUGGAACCUCUGGCUUAAUUAGCUAAAUAGAAACCACACUUGUGAACCU